UUUGUGUUUUUGGCUUGUUUAUUUCAUUUGUCAUCAAAAAAAAAAAACGAAAAAUUUUGAUUUUUCAUUUGAAAAUUUUAAAUUUGAAAAAAGCGAAAACGAAAAAAAAUGGUUCUUGAAAGUACAAUUGUCUGCGUUGAUAAUAGUGAAUUUAUGCGUAAUGGUGAUUUUGUACCAUCACGGCUACAAGCACAACAAGAUGCUGUAUCACUUGUUUGUCAUGCUAAACUACGAUCAAAUCCGGAAAAUAAUGUAGCAUUAUUAACAAUGGGUGGUAAUCCACAAGUAUUAACCACUUUGACUACCGAUGUUGGACGUAUUCUUGGUAAAUUACAUCAAGUUCAAGUGAAUGGAGAGGCAAAUUUUUUGACCGGUAUUAAAAUUGCUCAUCUUGCAUUGAAACAUCGUCAAGGGAAAAAUCAUAAAAUGCGUAUCGUUGCAUUUGUUGGAUCACCGGUUCAAACUGAUGAAAAAGAAUUGACAAAAAUAGCCAAAAAACUUAAAAAAGAAAAAGUUAAUGUUGAUAUUGUUAAUUUUGGCGAAGAAAUGUCGAAUACUGAUAAACUAUAUGCAUUUAUCAAAGUAUUGGAUGGUACAUCAUCACAUAUGGUAACAGUACCAUCUGGUUCAUUAUUAUCGGAUGCAUUAUUCAGUUCACCAGUAAUACUUGGUGAAGAUGGUUCAGGUGCAGCUGGUCUUGGUGGUACUGGUUUUGAAUUCGGUAUCGAUCCUAAUGAAGAUCCAGAAUUAGCAUUAGCAUUAAGAGUUUCAAUGGAAGAACAACGUCAACGACAAGAAGAAGAAGCAAGACAAGCUGCAGUACCAUCAGCAUCAACUGAACAACCGCAACAACAACAACAAUCAUCUUCAGGUGAAUCUAGUAAAACAGCCACAGCUACAACUCCCACCACCACCACCACCACUACUGCAACCACCCCUACAGGAUCAUCAAGUAAUGAUGUUCCUAAAAGCGAUACAAAAAAUUCAAGUAACAAACCGGCAACAACCAAACCAAGUACAACUAUUGGCGGUACUAGUGAAGAAGAAAUGUUGGAAAAAGCAUUGGCCAUGUCUUUAGAACCAAUUGAUCCUUCAGAUCCACCGGUUGAUAUUGCACGUAUGACUGAAGAUGAACAAAUUGAAUAUGCAAUGCAAAUGAGUUUAGAAGCAGCAUCUCAAUCACAAUCUCAAUCAUCAUCUUCCACCAAAAAAGAUGAUAAAAAUGAUAAGAAAAAAGAUGAUAAAAAAGAAGAUAAUAAAGAUGAACCAAUGGAUACGGAUGAUUCGAAUGAUAAAAAAUGAACAAUGGAUUUUUCU